AUGGCAUGGGCGACUGUGGGGUACCAUGCUGUGGAGCAGAAAGUCUUUGAUGCGGCAGUGCGGCAAGAGUCUGAGGGAGAUUGGUUCUGUGGCAUGUCUUUGCAAAGCUGGUUUGCUACGCCUUUGUGUGCAAUCUCACAAACACGGAAGGAAAAUGUCCGCAAGUUGGGGCUGUCUCUGUCAGAGACAGGUGACCCGCCAAAAGGAAAGGUGAACAAGCGCUUGCCAGGAAAGACUGUCGUUGAUGCAGCCUUGGAAUGCCCGAACUAUGUGGUGUGGCGCCUUCAGACCACGGAGAAUAUCGCAGAGCUUCUGUCGCAGGGUUUUUUGAGAGCUGGCAAGAACAAGUUUGAGCUGCGGAAUGGCUUGGAGCCAUUCUUGCCUUUCGGCCAAGCAGACAAAUGGCACGUUGAUUACGCGCCGGCCACAAUCUUGCCCACCCUGUGCGACAAGCCAAACAGCACAAUGUUCUUUGGAGGCGACGCCAAGUUUGCUUGCUCUUACUUCCUUGCGCUGCCUGUGGCUCACCCGAGCAUCAGCCUUCCAGAGUUGCUCACAGUCAGUCGAGCAGCUCCUUUGCUGAAGCUGUUGCUCCACAAUGAGAAAUCGGAAGACAUGAAGAUCUUGCUUGAGAACUGCAUGGCAGACAGGGGAGACUACAUUGGUUUACCAUUGGUGUCCAGCCCCAUCACAGCCAUGAUCAUGGGCUUCUUUGCUUACAAGCCCCCAACAGAGCAAGAGCAGAGCUUGUGCCAGCAGCCGUCCCAGCUGUCCAAGCCGUCCCAAAAGAGCGAGCCUCUUCACUUGUUGCAUUUUAGCGCAAAAUCUUUGAUUGACUUGCAGCCGCCGAACUCUCAUCCGCUUUGCCCCUUUUGGUUGUUCAAGCCGAAUGGCUUGAUUCAGCGCAUAGCCAAAGAGGAGGUGAAAUUGAAGGUGCAGAAGUUCUACAUGGAAGUCAAUUUGAAUGCAGAGUACCAGCCUCAGUCCAGUUUGCUGCAGCGCAAUGAGAAGGCCAGGACUUUGAGUAAGAAGCGCAAGCUCCAGGAGGACAUCACAGAGUUGGAAGCAGACAUCCGGGACAAGAAGUUGGAGAUUAAUGAAAUUAUGGGGCGCCUUAAGUCCAUGGAAGAGCCCUGUCCUGUUCGCACGAACUUGCCGAAGAAGUUCACUCCUGCCAAAGACAUGCACAAGACUAGCCCAUUGGACAUUUCUGUGGACGUGAAGGAGAAGGAUGCCUCAGCAUAUAAGGCACCUUGGACUGCUGAAGCAUGUUUGGCCGCCAUGAAGUCAAGCGGAAUGUACGAAGCUGCUGGAUUAGCCUUGUGGUUGCGGACAGGCGUUUGGUCUUUGGCAAAGGAUCGCGAUGUGGACAAGGACUGGCUUGCAUUGCUUUGGGAAGCAGGCCUCAGUGUAACGAUUCAGGUGCGAUACUGCCCUGAUAUGAUUGACUUUGUCAAGGCUCGCAAUCAAGCCUCUGAAGGCCUGAAGGCAAUCAACGAUGUGAACCUCUCAGAAACAUUUGCGCAAUUUGCCCUCUUAGCGAAGCAGCUCAACGUGGAGAAAGAGGCAGAUGGAGCUGCACACGGGUUGAGAUUCAACAACUCACCCUACAACGCGAGCAUGCACAAAGCAGCCAUGGGAAUGAUUUUCUUGCUAGAGGGUGAUGGAGGUUUGUUUCAGAAGGCUAUGUCCAAGCUCGAGCUGGCCUAUGGUCGUGAGUUCUUGUCGAACGCAUAUUCAAAGCUCAGCCGCUUGGUGUCGCUUUGCAAGCAAGCUGCAACAAAGGAGAACCCCACUCACGCUGUGGCUGCCUGGCUGGUGGGGAUGCUGCACUUAGCUCUGAGACUGAAGUUGAUUUCAGCGAAGCAGGCCACGGAAGUGUGGCUUUUUGGUGACCGCAAGCAUGGCAGCAGUGGUUUCUGUCAAGCGUGUCUGGUCGUCAAGGAGGCCUUUGACUUUGUGGCGCCAUUGCUACAGAAGCUGCCUGAGCAAGAAGCCCAGAAGUGUGCCACAGUCGUUGCCGACAUCUGCAAGCCAGAGCAGUGCUGGUUGGAUUUCUUCGUUCCAGAAGCUUCUGAAGCCGGGAUUCUCCAGGAGGAAGGCGAAGAGCAGGAAGAAGCACCAGCUGCCAUACUUGGGGCCAAUAAGUUGAACUCGUUGAAGGCUGAGUUUAACAAGGCAACUGGCACAUUGCUUGAGCUGUUGGUUGACUUGAUGCGAGGUGAAUAUCUGGCAGACUGCCGCACGCUAGCCAAAGAAAAUGUGAAACUGGCACAGGCAGUAUCUGAAGUAGCCGUCCAAGCUGUUCCAGCCGACGACCAGCAAGAUUCAUCAAGUUGUUCCUCCUUAGGCUUUGUGAAGAACCUUUAUUUGGUGGUCCAAGCUUACGACACCAACACAAAGAGUGUCUCACUGGCAGCGCCAUUGCCAACGCCUAGCUUGAUUCAGAGUCUCAACCCCAGCAUUUCUUCAGAACAAGAUGCUGCAGACAGAGCGCGGGCUUGGAAGCAAGUCCAAUCAGAGCGCCGCAAGUUUGUCACUUUCUCUGUGGUUCCAAAGUAUACGAAAGAAGCGCUCAACAGUGCUUUCCGGAACAGUGGAAAGGUUUGGGCACACAAGGGCGAUCUCAACACUUCCCAUCGCCUUAUAGUUGGCUCAGCAGAUUUGGUCACAGAAACAUCUCAGGAGCCUUGGCUCACCCCAUCAGCUCCAGCGGCAGAUGCUUGGAAGGCAGUGGCCGGGUUUUGCGUGGGCCUCGCUGGCAAUACAGAUUUCACCUUCCUUUUCGACGGGCGCAUGAGAGAGAUUCGGCGGAUCCAUGCUCCUUGUUUGGAUGAAAAGAAGCUUCCGCUGUUUGAAGAUGUGGUGCUGACGCAGACCCAGACAGAAGAGCUGUUCGUCAUCUACAGUGGCGGGUGUUUGCCGCGUGCGGGGCGUGUGAGACGAGUGCCCUUGGCAGCCCGAAAGGUGGAAACGUGUGCCUUGCGGUUUCCCGCUCAACGCACAAAGAUCCGAACAACGAAGAAAGAGAACUUUACCUCUUGUGGAGAAGCCACCACCUAUCAAGGGACCUUUUCUGGCGUGACCUUCCGCCCUGUGAGUGAGCUGCCACUCAUCAAUGCGGAUGACAAAAAGAAGAUCUUAGUACCAGCCAACCAAGCUGUCCAAGUGCCAGAGACAUGGAAGGAAUCACAUGCUGAAGACGUGCCAUUGUUUUGGCAAGAGUGUAAGCCGAUUGAAUUAUAUCUGGCGUUGCUGGAUGAAUUCAAGGGUCAGGCAGUCUUGGACCUCACAGCAGGCUCAGGGGCCCUCAUGGAAGCUUGCCUGACCCGCGGAGUGCAAUAUCACGGGAUUUGCCUCAAUCGCGACCACAUGACUUGGCUCCAAGCAGUGGCGGAAUGGGGUGCAUGUGGCCUGAUCUCCAUUGAGGGCUCCACUUUGUUCGGUGAAGAGCUGGCCAAGCUGGUGAAGCAUCAUUUUGCUGACCUACUUCAGCGUCUGGUCCCAACAGAUGACGGUGCAGAAGAGCCCAAGACCCCAGCUGUCCUAGCCGUUCUAAGCAAAGACUCGCAGAGCCCAAUGGCUGCGGCUGCAGUGGUGCCACGCUUCCGGCUGACCUUCAAGCAGCCUCUUCAAAGCGGGAAGUUGGCCAAAUCAAAAGAAGCAAAGCGUUCCAGACCGUGCUGCAAAAGGAAGGCAACGUCACGAAGAGUUGCUGUUUCUGAGGGGACAGUGCCCAAAGCUCGCAAUGCUUUUGCACUUUUUAUGAAACAGCACAACACUGCGAAGAAAGGCGCCAGCAAACAAGAAUUCCAACAUGAAAUGCAACGCAUUGCCAAAGCUUGGGCAAAAUUGACACAGUCUGAGAAGAACACCUACAAGGAAAAAAGCAGAUCGGAGUUCACUGCACAAAGAGACGCCAUGAAAAGGCAUGGCUUGCCCACGCGCCGCAUGCAGAAUGAAACCGUGCCAAAGCAGCAGUCACAGCUGUCUCAGCUGUCUCAGCUAUCCACACAACCUGUGGAAGACCAGGACCAGGCGCUCCUCAGAUUUGGGAAGAUCACGGUGAUGCAAGGUGAGCUUCCUGUUGGUGAAGGCUCUUACGGGACUGUGCUGAAAGGCCUCAUGCCCUAUGGCCGCUUCUGCGCUCUGAAGAUCUUCAAGGGCAGCAAAGCUAUGAUCUCCUUGAAGCAAGAGGUUCUGAUUUUCAAUCAAAUCAAAGACAAGCUUCAAGAAGGAAUGCGGCAACUCUUUCCUUCCUUGUUGGAAGUCGAAUGCAAACCGCAGCCGUUCCCCUACUUGGCUUUGGAGUUUGCUGGGUCAAGCGUGUCCCAAGUGCUCAUCCAAAAUGGUGCUUUCACUGGAAGUGCAAUGCAGCGCCUAGCCAUGCAGCUUAGAGCUGCCCUGCAAGCUUUGCACAGCAUCCGCAUACUUCAUUUGGAUCUCAAACCGGCCAACAUUCUGUGGGUCCAGGAGACUUCAUGCAUGAAACUAGCGGAUUUUGGAAUGUCUGAGAUGAUGGGGAUUGAAGCUGCCUCGAUAAGGUGGGUCUUCAAAGGUAGCAGCUGCAGCGGCGGCGACAAACUUAUGCGUGGAAGGGCAAGAACCGAAAAGAGCGUCUUCUACACGUUGCUGUGGACGACGGCGCAGUUUGAGCAAGACAAGAGCAACUGGAUGAACCAAAACAAUUGGCGCAAUGGGUGCGGCGCUUACCAGACUCUGAUUGGACUCAAGGCUGGAGAGUCUCCGUCGGAGAAGUGCUCAGUCUUCGCCUCAGAGGCAUUUGGUCAGGUGGGUGAAGCAGCCAGGCUGAAAGCGUAUGAAGCAGAAGUUGAGGAACUGCGGGCAGAACGUGGCCGUCUGCAAACAUGCCACACGCGCUCUCAACAGAUCGUGCAGCAGCUGCACAAGGAAAGGGAGGAGCUGAGGGCACAACACAGACAGAUCUUGGAUGAGCACGAACAUAGUAAGGCGAACUGCAGCCGCUUGCAAAGCUUGCAUGGCAGCGAACGCUUGCAAAGACAAAGGCUCGAGUCACAGCUUCACUCUCAAAGUGGUGAGAAGGAGAUUGCUGCAGCCACCCGACAUGAAGGCUUGCAGAAGGAGCACCUGAAGGCCGAAUUGCCGACGAUUGGCCUUGCUGGCCUUGACCAAAGUGAUGCUUUCGUCCAGCAGACCAAGAAGUACCACGAGCUGUCCAGGAGUGUCCGCAAACAUCAAGGACAAUUAUUGCAAGACAUGAAAGAGGCACAGGAACUCCCUCGAUUAGCAGAGGAUUUUGCCUUGGAGCUCCAGCAACUUUUGGGAAGUGCUCGAGAAGCAAACUCUAUCGGCGAGGAACAGUGGAAGAAAGAGGCUCGGAAAUUGGAAGACCAAGUGCAGAACUUGACGAUGCAGCACAGAGAGGUCGCAAAGACCGUCCGUGAAUUUCGUCAGGCAGAUGAUGACCGCAAAGCCAAAGAUUUGGAGCAAUUGAGCAAAGAAGAUGAUCGCCGAAAAUUGAAGAUGCAGCGCGAUGGACGCCUGAGUAAUCCCAACAUCAUCAAACAGAUGGCACAGGCCACCGAUGGACUUGAAAUAAGUAAAGUUGCCAUGUGCUCAGUGCCAACCCCCAUCCAAGCCCUGUAA